GUCAUGAUUGGCUGUGGUCGUUUUGGUGAGUGGGGGUUGCGUGGAUUUCAAUGGUAGAAUUGCGUGUUUUCGGCUUUUACAUUUUUUAGGCGAAACUAGAAUUUUUACUGUAGCAUGUAGCGUUUUAGGAGUCUCAUGAGUUUUGUCAUUUGAAAUACAUUUCUCCUGGUGAUAUGUCUUCCUACGUUCCCGCUAUUGUGACGGUAUUAUUUGCUUGUCUUCAAACAACAGCUGUAAAUGGUCUCUUGCUGUGCCACUGUGAUAUCUGCCCUGGCAACAGGUGCGAGACAGACGGCAUGUGCUUCACGACCACCUCGCUCAUGCCCAAUGGCGUGAAGAUGCACUCGUACAGGUGCCUGGACAAAAUGCUAAUGAACCCGCCCGAAAAUCCAAUCUUAUGCCAUUCGGCCAAUCCGGUGAACGACACUUUUGUCGUUUGGUGUUGUAAGGACCGUGACAUGUGCAAUAAAGAUUUGAGUCCUCAGUUAGCGGAUAGACGGUUACGUGGAGAGAAAAACAGCUCGCAGAGCAUGGAGCCCAGCACGGACGUCAUGAUGAUCGUUUUGUACGUGGUGGUCGCCCUGGGGCUGAUGACGGUGGCGGUGGUGGCGGCAAUGUGGCUGCGCAAGCGCAACAAGAUGUCCCUGCCCCUGCACGGGUGCGCGGAGGACUCCAUCGACGCGCCUGACCACCCGAUACUGGGAGGGGUCUCCCUCCGGGACAUGAUCGAGAUGACCACCAGUGGCUCCGGAUCAGGGUUGCCUCUGCUCGUGCAGCGGAGUAUUGCAAGACAGAUUCAGCUGGUGGAAAUAAUUGGCAAGGGGCGGUUUGGGGAAGUGUGGCGUGGUCGCUGGAGAGGAGAAAACGUUGCAGUGAAAAUAUUCUCCUCUCGCGAGGAGCGGUCGUGGUUCCGAGAGGCAGAGAUCUACCAGACCGUCAUGCUGCGGCACGAAAACAUUCUCGGCUUCAUAGCAGCGGACAACAAAGACAACGGGACGUGGACUCAGCUGUGGCUGGUAACGGACUACCACGAGAACGGCUCGCUGUUCGACUACCUAAGCAGGAGCACCGUUGAGAUUGCCGGCAUGAUCCGCAUGGCUCUGUCGAUCGCCACCGGCCUCGCGCACCUUCACAUGGAGAUUGUGGGGACACAGGGUCAGUGUAAGCCAGCGAUAGCGCACCGUGACCUCAAGUCGAAGAACAUCCUGGUGAAGCUGAACGGGACGUGUGCCAUCGGGGACCUGGGGCUGGCUGUCCGGCACGACGUAGCCACAGACACUGUGGACAUCCCCCUGAACAACCGGGUCGGCACCAAGCGCUACAUGGCCCCAGAGGUUCUCGAAGAGGCGAUCAACAUAAACCACUUUGACUCCUUCAAGAGGGCAGACGUGUACGCGCUGGGGCUGAUAUUCUGGGAGAUCGCGCGGAGGUGCAACGUGGGAGGCAUCCACGACGAGUACCAGCUGCCCUUCUAUGACAUGGUGCCGUCCGACCCGACCAUAGAGGAGAUGAGGAAGGUCGUGUGCAUCGACCGGCAGCGCCCGUCGAUACCCAAUCGCUGGCAGUCCAUAGAGGUGCUACACUCCAUGUCGAAGGUGAUGAAGGAGUGCUGGUACCAUAACGCGGCAGCCCGGCUGACGGCGCUCCGCAUCAAGAAGACGCUCGCCAACCUCGGCGCAUCGGAGGACUUGAAGCUCAGGCUCUGAAGUGAAUCCAGUCGCAGCUUUGCCCAGCUGCCAACUACCUGAUCGCAAAGCCAUUUACCUGAAGUUUACGAGUAUUGUACUGAUUUUGUGUACAACGCCCCGUUUUUUUUUUUUUUUUGUGAUGUACAGUGAAAGGCGCAGCUCAUUGUGUUGUUAGAUAUGGACUAUUCUUUCACUAGUCAUGGUGUUUUUUUGUGUUGGAAAGUUUGUUGGUGCCGUAUUUCAUCGCACGAUCAUCACACAUUGUAGAGUCUUACACAGCGCAAAAAUAACAUUUUCACAGACAUUUUGCAGUUCUUUUUAAAACUUUUUGAUAGAAUGCACAGAUUGUCGGAUUAUGUUUGAAAUAUUACAUAUUAACAUUUGAAAAUCUUGAACAUAGUUUCUACUGAGUAGCAAAAGUCACUAACACUAGCAUCUCAAAAAAUCUCUAAUUGUAGGGAAAGUUUGAAAGCCCAAAAAAAUUACUGAAUAUUUUAAAACUUAAAUUUUACUGAAAUAUAUUUUAUACGGUUGGAACUUAAUGUUAAGACUUUUCUCGUUAUGAACUUCAGUGUAGUACUUAGUAGAAGUACUGUUUGGAAUACAAUGCUUUUCAAGACAAGUUUGUAAAAUUUUUUUGUCAAUCAGUGGUGCAUAUAGAACAAUUGGUAGCUAUUUUCUACAUAUUACUCUAUUUACAAUCACAAACAGGCUCUGUAAGGUAAAGAAAAAGAAACGUUUUUUUAAAUAUGUAUUUGCAACCCAUUCCAUUAGAUAUAAUUUAUUAUUGUCACUUUUGACAAUUCCAUAGAUAGCUAAAAGUUUCUUUUACAAAAUUUUGUUCACUGCCAAGAUCAGAGAGUCAGUGUCAAAACAUUGUAAUGGGCAUUAAUUAGAUAGUUUUUGACGUGUUAGUUGUUACGUAUCUUGCUUGUGUUAUCAGGCAGCUGUUUUAGAAACUGGUAAUCGUACACUUCUGUAGGAUGUCAGUUUGUGGUUAUCUCUGAAUAAACUAUUACUAUUAACUAGGGAUGGAUAGAGCUUUGAAAACAUAAAGUCAAAUAAAUAUAUUUUUAGUUAAUUUUGAUAUUAGUAAUUUUUUUAGUUUUAUCGAUACUACUACCUCAUUUAUGAAACUAAUCUUCAUUUCAGCAUAUGUGCAUAUUAAAAAUGAGAAAAACAAUUUUGAUUAAAAAUAUAUCUGUGGCGUGUUUAGAACAUGCUUACAUUUACUAGUCUUUGGUAAAGUCGUCCAAUGUUUUUUGUGACAUUUUGACAUUUAAAAUUCAUUUUUAAUUUUUACUUUACAUUAGCUUUUAUAGGAAAAUUUUUUACUCAUUUUGUUUAGAAUUUUAGUAUAAAACAAAUUUUUAAUUGAAAUUAAAUUUGUAUCAUAAUUUUUUUUUGACAAUAUUUACUUUGCUGUGCUUCAUUUAACAUUGCUAUUGAUCACGUGAGAAAACACUAGUAAUGCAGAAAGUCAAAGCUUAUUAGCCUCAUGUUGACGGAUGUACUGGACGUGCUGUGACCUGUGGGAUCUGGGAGACUGUUUGGUACAGUUGCAGUGACUUCGUGUUGCAACAUACUUUAAAGUACCAUGUUUAUGGGUAGCACAUUUGUGGCCCUACCCCCGUCUUUUUUUUUUUAGAAAAAAUUAGGGUGAACCCUUUAAAAAAUUUUUUCUCCAAAUGAAAAAAAUAAUAUUGCACUGUAUGGAUGAAUGCAUGCAUGGAUAAUUAGCUGGUUAAGUUUUUUUUGAUAAAUAUAACCUCAAAUUAAAACUCUGUUAAGAGGAUUUUCAAGGGACUGUCAUCAAAAAAAUGUUUUAGGUUCGAAAACUUCUUAUAAUGGAAAAGGAAAAUGUUUUCUCCUUAGUUAGUUAAAAGGAUACACGAAUAAAGUGACAGAUGGUAACAUUUUCUUAUCAUAACUAGCCUCUAAACAUGUAAAACAACAAAUAGUUUUAAUUGAUAAUUGAAAACAUUAAUUAAACUUGUAUAUAUGGUUAAAUGAAAACAAAGUAAAAAUACAAAUUAAAGUGGUUUUUAAAAAAUUUUCUGAAAGAGAAUUUACACAUAGAAAAUAUAUUCUAAUUUUGCAUUUAUCCCACGUUUGGUUGAUACCAUAUUACUAGUAAAUAGAAACUGCAAAACAAAAAUAUAUUUAUUACCAACUUAAAAUAUAUUGACAACGAAAACUGUGGCCUGAAUGUGUGACGUAACCAACGUAGCGUACCCAAAACCCAUGUCUAUCGUCAUCGUAGUACGUACAUACUAACCAUAAAAGAUGAUGGGCUAUCAAAUAUAGUUUACUUGGCACCAGACAGCGUGCGCUGCAUGCGAUCGGCUAGCUAUCGAUAUCUGACUACGUGCGUGCCUCUCUAUACAUGCAUCACUGUAACCAAACAUGAUGCCAACCAGUGCUGGAUACAUUUUCAUGUGCGCUACACAGCGGCGACAGAACAGAUAAAGGUUAUAAUGCUUUAAAACGUGUUUGAAAAAGAAUUUAAACAUCGGACAAUUUUAUAUUUCUGUUAAUUAAAUCAUUAAAUGGCGAUAACUUAUUGAAUAAAGGAUUGUAACUUAAAAAAAAAAACAUUUUUUUAUACAGUAAAUGAAGUUUUUUGGGUAAAUUCGUAAAUGGGAAAUAAUAACGUACAUCUUGGGGAGAAAAUGGCAGGACCAAAACAUUUGAUCAUAUUAGACAGGAUAUCGUAUUGUGCGGGAAAGUCUUGAAUGAGUUUUACUGUUAGGUACAGUAGAAUCCUGGCUAAUGCUGGAUAUUCAAUAUAUCGAAGGUAAAUAAUGUUCGUAGUUAUGUGUCUGUUGGCACCCUUGUCUUGAUGGAAAAAAAAUUACAAAUCCUUCCAUUCCUUGCCAUUCUAAUGUGUUUUAUCAGAUGUUCGUACAUAGUCCUAUAAUAUUUGCUAACUAAUCUGCAAUGACAAGAGUUAAAAACAAAGUGUUUUCUAUUGCUGAUAAAGAGUUUACUUUAUUUCAUCAUCUUCGGCACAAAUCGUGAAUCAUUUCACAGAAAUGUGACAGUGUGUCUUUAAAGACAAAUAAAAUAGAAGCUGGAAGCAUGACAAAGUUGAAAAAAUUGUUUGCUUGGUUAAUAAAAUUCGAGAAUCGAGGUAUCAAUCAGUUUUAAAUUAAAUUUUUUUUAUAUAGCUUGCAGAAUCAAUUGGUAAAAAGUUCAAACACUGACAAGUGCUAAAUUUAUAUUGCUUGCUUAUAAUGUUUUUUUUUUCCCUAAUGCCCCCUUGAAGAACAUUAUAACAGUGUUCUACUGUAUAUUUUUUCAUUCAAAUAUCCCAGCAGUGUGUGUAAAGCAUCAGUAAUUGCGCCUAUAUGUUAUAUUACGUUUGCCGCCCGCCCUCUCGACCGGCCGGCAUCGGGCAAGUGACAUGUUUGGUGUCUAUCUGCUGCACUGGCGUUUAGCUGGAGAAGGAGAUAAUCUAGAAGUAAACCAACCAGAGUUUGUGUGUGUGCAUUUCAAGAGUGUGUGUGACCCAAUCUGUAGCAGUGUUGUUGGUCCCCCUUUGCUUGCCCAUCACUGUAAAUGCCCUUGAACUGGCAGCCUAUCGUGACAGGUUUUUAUGACCUAACUGUACCCCAAAACAAUGUUUCUUUGUGAGAAAUUUCAACCGCAACAUUCCAUGACAAAUCUGCAGCUAUCGUUGGUGUUUUGAAGUGCAACUUUCAUAUUCUUCCAGCCCACGCAUAAGUUUCUUGCUGACUAAUGGUACAUGCUAGUUUUUGUAAGUGGGACUGACAAGAAAGAGUAGCGUGCUGCCUUUCCUCUCUAGGGGAAGGGGAUGGGUAAAAAAUUAGAAUACAAUAGGUUUGUGGGAAACAUUGUUAUAAAAUUUGUCUUUUUUUAAAUUAUAUAGUGUGGAAAUAGGAGGAGUCAAGAGUAGGGGGAGGAAGAAGUGAGUUCAGGAUGGCCACCUCACCCCAUUCCAUAAAGUAGUACCGAAAGUAAAUGAAGAAUGACAGAGGGUUAACACCAAUGCCAUAUUUCUUACGUGCUAAUAAACUGAGGACGGAACACAGAGUCCUCACUUGUAUCUAUGAAAUUCUACUGUAGAGGAAUAACUGUAUAUGGUGUAACCCAUAUUCAAGGGUGAAGUUUAUGGUAAAAAUGUUAGACUUUCAUGACAAAAAAUUACAGGUGCUACCCAUACGCAGGAGUGACCCCUCUGUGAGUAUAUACAGUACUUUGAACUGAACUGUUACUGAAUGUAAAACUUCUUGUUGGAAUCUGAAAAUAUGACUUUUAAAUGAGAAAUCCUUUUAACUUUUUUAACUUUAAAGUAAGGUUAUGUACUUUGCAAUGGCAUUUCAUUGUACAUGCAUUAAUACAUUCUUUUUACAAUUUUUAAAUCGGGCAUUUUUACCAGCGAAUAUUGUGAUGAAAAUUUUUUUUAACAUUAAUGAAACUCAAUGUAGGUAAGUACGAUGAUGUGGUGAUUGUGCGAAGAAAUAAGGUACUUUUCUGUCCCCAUUUUUUUAAUUAUAUGUUUUAAGUAUGAAUAUGAAACAUUCGUAAAAAUAUUCAUGGAGUAUUAACAGUAGCUACAGUUAGAGAUGCAACAACGCUUGCAUAUUACAAUAGUGAGCAUACAUUUUUAAAAAAUACCUGUGUGUAUUUUCUAACGUCACGUGGACUUGCGUUUAAGUACAACUUUUUUAACGAAAUUAUAUUUGUGGCAGAUGAAUGAUGAAAAGAAGUUGUCAGAUAUCCACAUGUUGUCCCCUUUGAUAAAGUAGUUUAAUCCUAGCCAGAGAGCUGAAAGUUUUAUUCUCGAUAGAGGUGGCUCUGCGAAUGUGGAAACUCAAAAUGCACGGGGUAGUCAACUUCAAAGUAAUAGUCAGCUCAAACACACACAAGACACUGAUUCCAUCCUCUCAUUACGUAAUGCUCUCAAGUAGAUUUUACAAUGCUUGAGUUACGUACUUGUUACCUAAUUUUUGUGUCAUGUUUACGUUUGUGUUUGACAUUUUUUUUUCCAGCAAAGUGAAUGUGCUCUUAGUAUAUAAGAAAUAUAAUUUUUUUACACUUACUUAUUUAGACAGUGAUCAUAUAUAAUGUGAGUUAGUCCAUAUUACCUCAAAUAUGCAAUAAGUCAUCAACUGCCAUUCUUGCCAAGACUGAGUGCUAACAAAAAGUAGGUAGUAAUUUUCAAUUUUUUUUCCAUAAAUAGUUUUUUCAAACUUAGUUAUUGAUGAAUGUGUUCUUUAAAAUAUGUUUAUUUACUUUCUGGUUAUUGAUAUUUCUCAUGUUAAUCUGCCACACAGUGAUGCGGGAGACUUUUUUGGGUUGACUACUCUGUCUGUUUUAUCAUACUGUGUAUCAUUUGUAAUUGAAACAGUUGUUUGCGUGCCAGUGAAGGCUCACACAUGCUGAGCCCCUGCAUAGGUAUGUCUUUGAUGAUUUUAUCAUGUGAAUUUUUUUGUCUUUAGUCAGCUUUUUAUGUGCAUUCAAUCAGGAAGAAUGAACAUUUACUUUGUUUUGAUCAACCAACUCAUUGUGUUCAAGUAUGUUGAGCAAUUUUAUUAUCCACUUGCGAGGGAGGGAAGGGUGGUAAUUUUAUUUGAGCUCUUAUUUUGUAUGUAAAGGAUUUUUAUUUGCUAACCCAGCAGGUAUUCCUGAUAGAGCUUUAAACAUUUUAGUAUUAUCUGUUUUUAUUUUGUUUUAUAAGGUGAAGAAACCAGAGAGAGUUUUUCAGAAACACAGAAUAUACACUUUACCAAGAUUGGUAUUAAUAAGUACUUACUCGUAAAAUAUGAUUUAAUAAUUUCACAGUCAGCACCCACAGAAAGUUAUGAAGUCGCUGCAGAUGGACUACUGCAGCAAAUCAAGCAGUGUCGUUCACUUCUUUGUAGGGUGGGGCAUGGUAUUCGUUUCAAGGCAUAAGACAGUUUUAAAUUCAUUUUUACACAUUUUAUAUUAGCUUCACCUGUAUGUUUGUUUGUAUGUUUGCAACCGACUCCUUUGCACUCGAUUUUGACCCACUUUAAACGGACAGUUUUAAUCUAAACUUCGUACACUUAUCGAGGACCAGUGACAAUACACUAAUUUAAUAAGUUUAUCUUAUCCUGUUUAGGAUCGACAGGAUUAAAUAAUUUCCUCACCCAGCCUCUGUGUGAGAGUAAGUGAGACAACCGUGCAGUUGGCGCAUGCGUACCGUCUACCUAUUUUCCAGCUCGAGCACUCGGGGUAUUAGUAUUAUUACAAUAUAUCCUUGACAGUUGGUUUGUUGGCCGAGCGGAUUAAGGCGUGGGUCUUUGAUGACGUCAACCCACGGAUUCACCGGUCGUGGGUUCUAAUACUGUCCACAGCUGAAUUUUUUUUUUUUUUUUUUUUUUAAAGAAACAAAUUUUGGGAUUGGUGCCGUAAAUCCAACCGUAAUUUGUCUGGGACUUCGCCAGUCCUUCUAUUCAAACUAAAAAGUGAAAAAUAAAUAUGGUUUAAAAAAAACUAAUAAACACGCUUUUAAAGCACAUCAAACUAAAAAGUGAAAAAUAAUUUUUAAAAUAAGCUUAAAACAAUAAUGAAUGAAAAAUACUAGUAUUAUUGUGAAAAAAGCGUGGGGCGCUUUGUUCCAUAUUUAUCGUACAUCGAGCGCCCGAUGGUAGAGCAGCCGACAUGUCAUCGGAAGGCUCUGGGUUCGAAUCCCAGUCCAGGCGGCUAUCCGAAUUUUUCUCACAUAUUCUAUACACUCUCAUUGAGAAGGUCCUUUCCUCAUCCUUUCUCAAUCCUUAUCCUCCCCAAAAUUCCUGUUACAUAAAUGUGGAACGCUUCACGUAAUAAUUAAUCCGUAACUCCCGUCCUUUCUGCUUCACAGCAUUAAUUUCGUACAGUAUGUAAGACUGGGCGAUAUCACUUGUUCGUCAAUAACCUUAUACCAUUAAGUCUCACUGUAUAUAUUGAUAACGUUAAAAUCUUUGAAUGACUUCUAAAAUCAAGAUUUGACUAUCAAUACAGCUGUACACAUUAAUAAUUUGGAAAAUAAUUACAGUUACUUAUAGUUAUCACGGAAUUAAUAGUAGAGUAGAACAAAUAACAGUUUAAAAAAAAUUAAAAAACAUGCUUUUAUAAAUAAACCAAACUAAAAUGUAGAAAAUAAAUAAUAGUUUAAAAAACUAAAAAACACGCUUUUAUAGAAAAUCCAACUAGAAAAUAGAAAUUUUUUUUUAAUAAAUUUGAAUUAAAAAUAAUGUAAAAUAAAAAAAAAAGUUAUUUAAAAAAAGCGUUUUAAAAGUAUAAGUAUAAAAAGUAUUUUAAAAAAAAAGCUUUUUAAGAAAUUAUCAAAAUUAUAAUCCUUCUACUCAUAUCUGUCGAUAAAAUAUUUAUAACUAUUGACACCAUGCACCCCAUGCUUUUUUUAAAAUAAAAUACUUUUUUUAUUUUACACUAUUAUUAAUUCAAAUUUAUUAAAAUUAAUUUUCUAUUUUUUUUAGUUGGAUUUUCUAUAAAAGAGUGUUUUUUAAUUUUUUUAAACUAUUAUUUAUUGAGUGUAUUUUUCUAUUUACAGUAUGUACAAUCACUAGUGACAAGAUUAUAUGGUGAAUUGCGAUGAAACCGAAAUAACUACGAAAAGCAUGUCAAUGCACUAUAAACACUUAAAUGGAAGUUAAUACACCAUGAAGCACCGAAAAAAAAAACUAAAAUCUCAAAAUAAUCAGCAUUUUGAAUGAAAACUUAACUUAAGUAACAAAAUCAUAAUCUUCUAAUUUAUAAAUUCAAUGAAUGUAAUUUAUUUAGCAUGAAGUUUGUACCAAAAUAUAUGUACUAAAACAAUGGAAUUUUUUUUUAAAUUUCUUGUUUUUAGAAAAAAACAUAUUUGCAUUACGACAUUGGUACACACAAAUACUUGAAGAUACUCUUAUUACAAAUUAAUUACUGGUAUUAUAUUGUAAAAGUGCGUCACGUACCAGUCAAAAUGACACUGUAUUUGUAAAAAAUGUAUUAUGAAACAUUUGAGGGUCAUAUUUUUUUGAAUAGUAUCCAAUCUUUAUGAAUAAACAGAAUUCAUCCUUACUACUAUUAUAAAUGCGAAAGUAACUGUGUCUGUCUGUCUGUCUGUCGCGCUUUCACGCCAAAACUACUGAACCGAUUUAAAUGAAAUUUGGUACACAGAUAGUCUAGAGCCUGAGAAAGGGCAUAGGCUACUUUUUAAUGCGAAAAAAUGGUUGUAAGGGGUUGAAAGGGGGGGAUGAAAAGUGGUAUGGAAGUAUCGUCAUCAUUAGAGCUAGAAGCUUGAAACAUUUUUUUUAAACUGUUGAUUCAGUAUUAAUAAAUAUGACAUUCAGAGUUUGUACAAGUUUUACCUCAAGGAUGUAAAAUAACAUUAGGGAAUAGGGGAUGAAGGUUUGUAUGGAAAUAUGUAAGGUUUAUGUGAAUGUUUUAUAAGUUUGCGACAAGAGCGAAAAUAUUCGAGCUUUUCUGAGUUUCUCAACUCUUUAGAAUUAUCAAGAGUGUCUUCCCAUAAGUUGAGGCUGAAAGUUGGUGUUCCAGUCCUAUUAAUGAGAAAUAUUGACGCGCCAAGGCUAUGUAAUGGUACACGGCUACAAAUUACACAUCUGGGGCACAACAUUAUAAAAGCUACAAUCAUGACUGGAAUGGUGAAAGGAGAAAAUGUUUUGAUAUCCUGUAUUCCAAUAAUUCCGACUGAUUUGCCAUUUCAAUUUAAAAGAGUGCAGUUUCCCCUGAAAGCAUCAUUUGCAAUAACAAUUAAUAAAGCUCAAGGACAGAUGCUUAAAGUUGCAGGAUUUCAUUUAGAAAAAAAAAAUGUUUUUCACAUGGGCAACUCUAUGUGGCAUGCUCACGUGUAUCAAAUCCGCAAAAUCUUUAUGUUUUGGCAAUAGAUGGGAAAACAAAAAAACGUAGUUUAUAAAAAUGUACUAAAAUAAACUCAUAUUAAUACUUAAUACCUUAUAUACUUAUAUACUUAAAUAAUUUAAUAAGCUCUUUGCAGUGAAACACUGCAAAUAGCUCAUUAAAGUAUUUAUACGUGUGUGUCUUAUUUGUAAAAUAAUUAGCCUAAAUAAUUAAAAAUGCUACCCAAAAACACUAUUCCACGCGGACGAAGUCGCGGGCACAGCUAGUAAAUAAUAAUGAAAUCUCAUGUUUUAACAAUGAAAAUGACCUAAAAAUAGAAACUAAAUUUUUGUCUUUAACAAUGGCACAGAAUAUAAGGAGGACAAUUUUUCAUUAUUGAAAAGGUAAUAUAUCUGCACUAUGAUGUAAGACAUGAGGCGAAAUGAGAAGGGUUGGUGCCCUGACUUGUUGACCAGCAGAUUUAUAAACAAAACAGGGGAUCUCGGUUUAAACUACCGUGCUGUCAUAUUUUGUGGGACUGAAAAGAAGACCAUAUCAGUGCUGCCAAGUAUUAUUUAGUUUUGUUAUCAUUACUGACGUAGACGUCCAGUUAGUAACUACGGAGUUUCAUUCUUUACUACGAAAACAGAGAAACUAAGUGAUAUUCUGUGAUGUCACCUUUUAGUACAAUAAAUCUCGCUCAUGUACCUCUGUAGUAAGAAGGUAAAUCUUUUGUAAGUACUUAUUAUUGUAUCUCUGAAACUGAUUUUAGGUUUUUAAAUGUUAUGUAUAAUUUUUAAAUUAUAUAUUGGAUGGAUUAGCUCAUUACUGAAUGGAGUGAUUGUUAAUUUUGUAGAGUCUAAUUAUUUGGCAUGAACUUUAUAAUUUUUGUUAUAUGCAUGUUUUAUAGUAUGCUUAAAUUUGAUUACUGAUGGGUGUGUCUGGAAGUUGGCAGGACUGUUACAAUAAAGUAAAGCAUGUUGUUACAGAACACCAACACAUGAUGUAGGUUUCAAGUUUAGAUACAAGAGUAGAAAACAGUCUAAAACUAUUCAGCCCGUUAUAAUAAUGUCUGUUUUUAUCAACCUUCUUGCUACAGAAGCAUAAGCACCGCUGGGUGUGCGGACUCCACACUUCAGGGACAAAAGUGCCGCCUCACUGAGGUCUGGGGGAUAUUAAGGUAUAGUGAGAUGAGCGUUACGAUGAUGUGGGCACCUCUGUGUGAAAGAGCAUACAAAGCCGCAUGAAACACUUGCUCGGGAUUGUGAUGUUGCCAGUGUGGGAAACGAGACUUGAACUUACUGUAGUUCCACUGCGCUCUUAGUGUCUUGGCACGCUGUUAGAUGUAUGGUGAAACAAUACUUAACAGUUUUUCGGGCGAUCCUCACACCUUAUUCCCUACUGCUAUCGCCACAUGGCCGCUCCAGUAGCAGACAUGUCAGGGUGUCUACAGGUCAGGAGUAAGGAUAGUGAGAAAAGUCACAAAAAAAAAUAAAGAAAUCAAUGUACCAUGGGUCACGUAAGUUGUUGCCCACCUCUGACUCCCUCCGAGGAUGCGACAGCCGUGGGCUCAGAGAGGAAGCUCUUGCCUCGUACCGGUGGCCGGAGAGGUAGUGGCAUAGGUGGCCUGGGUGUCAACUGGGUGGCAGGUGGCUUAGCUAGCUGCUUCCAGAUAGGCUUCUCUAGUAGGGUCGGGCCUCACGAUGGCCCUGGCAGGGACACAGCUGGUGCACUCGGCCGCGCACUAGGUGGCAGGGCUGCUCUCCUCGGCUAGCCAGGCCGCCGCUUCAUUCCCUCCCUACUGCGUUAGAGUGUACGGCCAGGAUGGGUAGCUGUUGGCAGCCGACGCCUGGCUGACCUGGCUCGUAGUGGUGUGGGGUGCUGUUGGGGCGUUACCGGCUGACACCGCAUGCUCAUAGGGGACUGUUUACCCGGAAGGCCAAUUUUGCAGAAGUACUUGAGCCAUCUAAAACCACUCUGCUGCUGUGUUGGUAGGGAACGUGGCAAGAACGAGGGACCAAGUCAGAGUACCCUGUACUUUUUCUCGGGGUCGGCGAGGAAUAAUAUGCAAACUUUACGACUAAACAGAAUUUAUAAAAAAUAAAAUAAGUAACACUUAAAUGGCCAAAAAAAUAAAAUUGUAAAUUUUUAUCUUUAACAAUGACACAGCGUAUAAGAAGGAAAGCUUUUCAUUAUUGACAAAGCAAAUAAAUAUUCAUCAUGAUUAGGCCUGUGUGAAUAUCAGUUUUCUUUAGAGUGAUUCGAAUACGAAUAUAAAAUUAUUCUCGAAUACGAAUAUUGAAUUUGAAUAGUAAGAAUUAGAAUUUCACUUAAAAUUCUUUUUAUAUAUCAUAUAAUAACAUAUUGAAAGAAAAAGUAAAUGUGUAGCGUAGUGGCUUCUGGAAAAUUAGAUAAAUAAUAGUAAAGUGAAUGUUUGGUUAGGUAAAGUUAGCUACAAUUACUAUAUGUAAGAUUUUGGUGAAAUAUUAAUAUUUUGAAAGAAAAAUAUAAAUAAUUAUUUUUCAUAGUAAUCAUAAUAGGAUCUGCAAAAAUUUUUUUUUAUAAUAAACAGUGCAAAGCAAAUAUGUAAGGCAAUUACAGUAUGUGUGAAGAAACUUCAAGAAAGGUGGGUUUUAAAAAAAAGUGCAGUAAGCAGUUUUAAUCUAUAGUUAAAUAUGAUGUAGGUCUAAAAAAAUUUAAAACUUGUUUGUUUGAAUUUUUCACUAUGUGAUAAUUAGUCCUUAUUUAUAUUAACAAAAAAUAACAUUUAUGGAUUUUAUUUUUUGGCUUGUUUUAACUAAAGUGGAGGAACAGAGUAGCUGCUUAGAAUGUUCCUCUCUUUUUCUGUCCAGCGUAUGUGUGCAUGAUAAAAGAGGUGAAGUCCCCCUCCCUCCACCCCCUUUCAUUGUGAAUUUUUUUUGGACCACCAGGGCUCCUGAGCUGUCACUGCGGUAGGAGUGUGGGUGUCAGUCUUGGGUGCGCCUGUAUCAGUCUGUCAUGCACUUUAUAUUAUUAUCCACCAGAAAAAGUCAUCAUUGUACAUUGUUAGGCUUUAGGAGUCUUUGCUGUGAGUAUGCGACCAGAUGUUUUCCACGAGAUCUAUACAAGUUUUUUUUUUUCUCUUCACCGCCGCCUUCCCCCGUUAUGAAUGAAACUAAUCACAAAGCUGGCAUGCAGUGUUUCUACCCUCUCAUCUGAAAACUGUCAACUUUAACACCCUUGCAGGGUUUUGAUUACUACGGACACGAACACGUGAACACGGACAUGUGUUUAUCCUUAUCAGUAUGCGGUCAGUUCUAAUCUAUUUUUAACGACCUGCCCGACUCUUUUCUCCGUAAUUUUUGUGCUAACGUGGGUGUUGGUAAUUUAGCAAAAAAAUUCCACAUUAAUAACCCUUUCAACAUUACCAAAAUCCUAUACAAAUCUUGUCCCUGCCCAACGAGAAAAUCUUCUGUGAUUCCGAAAUUUUUCCAGACAUUUUAGAUUCCAUACACCCGUAUUUGUAAAUGACUGAAUAUUUUUUUUUUCAAAGUAUUAGUAUUCGAAAUUGAAUCACAUAUGAAUAUUAAACUAUUCAUUUUGAUAUUCGAAAGUUCAAAUAUUCGCACAGGCCUAAAUGAUGUAAGACAUGAGGCAAAAUGAGGGGUGAUAGAUAGUUUUCAGUUUCGGGUGCGUUCGGCUCGUGUGAAAUUUACUUAAAUAAUAUAAUAAAAUUUUAUCGUGAUGUUUUGACAAUGUCUGCAGAAAUCAUAAGACCCUUCGGGCGGAAAACCUAAAAGGUCACAAUACUCAUUAUGUCAUUUUACUUAGGUGCGCGUGGAACUGGCUUGAUUGUGUUUCACCCCUUGGGGUGAUUUUCGUGCAUAUGAUGGCACAGCGAAAAGUAGUGAAGAUGGAGGGGUACAUAGAGGGUGAUAGGGAGAUACAUGGGCUUACAUGAGGGGCUUAUCCUCUAGAAGACCUCAAUAACAAUAUCUGUCAUAGAAGAUAAGUAGCAACUUAUAUAUAAAAUGCAUAAAAAUCUUGUCUCAUAAGGCAGUUAAUACAGUACUAAUUAUUAAUGAGGAAGCCUAUCUGCUGAUAUAAAAACAUAACAGUGUUGCUUAUUUGGGUUCUUGAGGUGAAAUUGGUUGGGAAGAUUUUUGAUUCUAAUGUGGCUGAGAAUGGACAUUGCUAUAAUUACUAACUAGAGGCUAAAUAUUUUGUUAAAUGCUAAAUUUUGUCACUAAUAAAAUUAACAGGGUUGUAUCAGUUUGCAAAGAGUAAGAAUUUUAAUGAACAUUUUUUUUCCAUGGGUCUUAGUUUCGUCAAAAUUUUGCAUCAAUAAAUUUUAAUAGCGCAGUUAAAUAUAAACUUUAUUUUAGUUGCAUGGAUGUGUAUUUACUUGGACAUUUGUGUUUUUACCAUUUUGCAUUCAUCAUCAUAAAUUAAACUUAAGGUAAUGCAACCAAAAGAGUGAAAGGGCUUAAGUUACAUGUGUUAAAUUUUUUUUUGUGAGUCGACCUUACAGAUGAACUUUGUUUGCCAAUACUCAAAGACAAUGUAUUGACAAGAUAUCAAAUUUUUUGGUUCUGGAUUAUGAUUCAGUAAUUAAAUAGUUUUUUUGGCCAGUUUAGUUGUAUUAAUAUAUUUAACGUGUUGUCCUUUUGAUUCACGGACCUGAAGUGCAUCGGCUUACUCAGAGAGUGACGUAGGUAAGAGAGUCUGAUGUCAGGAAGGCAACCGGAGCGUAGUGCAUCGGCAAAGUUGGGAGUGAGGCGAUUUUGUGCGAGACAGUUAGUCCCUACCAGUGGCCUAUUUCAUAAAACUACAAGUCUACAAGUUACUAGUUACAAGUUACAAGGGAAUUUCUUACAAGUGUGAAUCUGAAGUGUUUCACAAAGAAAGUUGCUUGACUUGUAGAAGUUGGUGCACUUGUAACACAUACCUACAAGUUUACGAGUCAGCUGUUUAUUGUUCGUGUUUUGAUUAUGUAACGAAUUUGCAGGUUAUAGUUGCGAAGUGUAUGCUGAUAAAAAUGUAGGGAGACAAAUAUUUGUUGCCUUGCAGAUAACGAUUUAUUUCUUCGUGUAGGGUGAUCCAAUAGAUGACCUAUAUCUUGUACUAGCUCCUCCAGUUUAAUAGCACUCGUGCGGAACCUUUCGUUAUAUUCAAAUACUGUGCCAAGUCCCAUGUUCACUCUCUCUCUAAAAUUGCGUGGUCGCCUCAUAACCUCAAUAUCUAUAUCAUCUUCAUCAUGAUCGGUAAAUAUAAUAAUAUCCAAUGUAUUCUAAGAUGUUAUAAUAUCAUUCUAUACACAAGCAUAGACUUGUUAAUGAUUUACAACUAAUAUAAUUGGACUUGCACAAUAUUCUACCUAUGUAUUGACACUAGUAGCAAUUUCUCACAAGUUACAAAUGCUUGCAAGCUACAAGUUUUUUUAUGAAACAAAAACAUUUAUUUACUUGUAAAAUUAACUUGUAACUUGUAGGAAACAACAUUAUCAAAGUUUUUACAAGUUACUAGCAAAGUUACUUGUAACUUGUAGACUUGUAGUUUUAUGAAAUAGGCCACAGGUCGCAGGUGGAGAGUGUCGCGUGCUCGCCGAGCAGUGAAAUGGCCCGCAGUAUUCUGCGGGAUGUGGUUUGGAAAAAAGCAUGUUCAGUGAUUGAAGCAUGAUAGAUGAUAGAGGUGUCUGAAUUAGCAGCGGGCACACAAAGGUGUGAGGCAAGAGGCCUCCAAGGAAUGCUGUUACUUUACCAGAACCAUAAUGUGAGUAAUGUACUUCAGAAUGUCAUACUUCGGAAUCUUCUGCAGCAAGUAUGUCAUGAAUUGUCGGCAGUGAAUUUGCCAGCCUACUCUCUCUCAGGAUCAUUUUGAAAGAACGCAGCUUGUAACUUAACUUCAGUAAACAGUCUAUUGACAUUAACAAUACGAUGGUAGCUAUUCCUGUGUUGGUUGGCGAUAAGUCAUUUAGCAGUUGACCUGCGGGGAUCAAGUGAUGGUAAUAAGUUUGUGCACUGAGAGAACCUUUAAUUUAUUUGUGUUAAGUAUUAACUGCGACAGAACUGCAUGAUUCUACGACACUCUGCAUGCACGAAGAAUUAUGGAGGCCGCACUUGGCCUUAAUCUCGCAACUCAUGACGGAUGAUGAAUAACAUUACUUGCAUGUUCAAAAUCAAUGACUAUUUUCCUUAACAAAUCCAGUGCUGAUACUUACAUUUUCGUAAGAUUUGAAACAUUUAUUUUUUCGUUGUUGCUUAUGUUUAUGUCAUGGCUAUAGUCUGUAAUAUAUGUGGUGUUUAUUAUAUUAGAGGACUGAAUAUUAUUAGUCAUUGUUUUGCUUUAAUAAAUAACAUGCUUGCUUCAGUUAUGUAUCACGUGCUGUGUGAGGGUAACUUAAAUUAAAAAUAUCGUGGCGGAAGGCCCUCGGAUUCAGUCAAGAUCUGCAAAUUGUCACUCUAAAAUAAAAAUAAUAAAAUAUCUAAAUUAUUUUUUAAAAAAAUUGGAGGAGGGUGGGGUAGCAGUAGAGCUGGUACAGGGAUGUCUAAUCUCCUUGGGACAGGGGGUGUAGGGUGUUGACUGAAAAAAAAAAAGUAUUAUUCAUCCCUCAUCGUUUCAGGUUUAUUUCUGGUAAACUAUGACGAACACAUAAAUAAAUAAAUAAAUAAAUAAAUAAAUAAAUACUCUUUUGAAAUAAAUAAACAAUAAUUUAUCCUCUUCUUAGCAUGAGUAUUAACUUUUAAAAUGAUAUGAUUAAUGUUUACAAACACCUCGACCCAUCCUUAGGCUAAAUUAACCAAAGAAAUUUAACAUUAAUGGAUUCUAACUGCCUGCACUCCUGGAAAGAAACAAAAAGUUAAGCCAUCCUAACAUUAUUAAAAUUACACCCACAUACUUUAUUUUACUCAAGUUGAAAAGUUAAUUAUGAGUUCGCCAUUACUUACACCACCUUCUCCAAACGGCAGCACGCAGCUACUCGCCAGGGAGGCUCCGACAGUCCCCAAACACGUCACGGAGAAGAACCACCUCGGGCUCACUCUGGGUGGCCCAUUUAUUAAUUCCUCCUCACAUUGUCAUCACGUCGAGAACACUCUACACGACAGCAAAAACCCCGGCCGCAAUUUCACAACACAUCCGCCAUGCAGCCAACUGAUGCUAUCCCCUCUCCACCGGCCAUGCCAGACUGGCAUUCCUGCCGCCAGAUUGCUACACAGACACUCGCGUGACAGGCUAGCGUGCCUGCGCAGAGACAGCAACGCAGCGAAAACAACCAGGGCGGCCAACGCUCCCGGAGAUUCCAGGCCAUGAUAUGGAAACCGCCCGUAGCUGGCCAGGCCGCGGAUGGCAAAUCACACCACCGUCCCAGAUAAACAGAGAGCGUUAGCAAUCUACCGCGCCGCGACAAAAGAAAAACAACACCCGAGUGUCGCAAGCAAGCAUCAGGCACAUAAGCGGGCUCACAAAGCACCACUGUGCAAAACCAAGUUCAAUAAACUCUUCACGUAAAAUUUUACAGCGUGACAAUAUAAUGUGUGUUAAAGGGUACAAUAAAUUAUUUCCACAGAGUGAUCUUAGGCCGAACGCAAGUCUUCGUGAGCAGUACUCUGCCUUUUUUGACUCUAGUAUGAGAAGUAAUAUUACUCAAAGUGGGCAGUUUAAAUAUUAAUUUUCCCCAUGAAACACAGUUUCAUUUCAAGUUACUCAAAAUAACUUUGAGAGCCAGUGUAAAUGAAUUAAAUCUUUUGAAAAAUAAAUGAUCAAUUUAUAAAGUAAAAUGCUUAAACAUGUUAAUUUGAAAAUGUUCUUAACAUGUGCUUCUAUUCAUGGUAUAUAUACUUCUUGCACACAUUUGUGUGUAAAUGUUGGCAAUGCUGUCUUUAGUUGCUAUAAAUCUUUGUGCAUAACUAAAACUUCCUAUCAGGCAUCUUAAAGCUGGCUGUGGCAAUCUUCUGCCAAACGAACAACUGUUUCAUUUGCAAUUAGCAUUUUUCUUGUUCAGCAUCCACCAAUUGGGAAGAAGUUAUGUAUGUGAUUUUUUGUAUGAUGACUGUUAUAAAGUAUAAUUUUUUAAAUACAUUUACUAUAUUGACAAGCGUGGUGUUAAGUGAGAGAGACAGAGCGUCUGUUAAGUAUGUAUGACCUAUUAACAUAGUUUUUGCUGUUUCACUUUAAUGCAGUUUUGCGACAGUGUUCGUACUAUCAGCAACACUUUGCAACUUUUAUUAGCAAAGUUUAGAUUUUCAUUGUAAUGGACUUCUUGCAUGUCACUUAAAUUUUUUUAUACUUUAUUACAAUAAUUGUGACUUAUGAAAGGAACAGCAGAAAGUUGACAGUUGAAAGUGACAACGUAUUGUAGUUCCUAAGACACUUUUUACCUGUAACACAAAUGGAAGCAACAUUUAGAGUUAUGUAAAGUAUAUAUGUAAAUGUAUAUUAAAUUUUUUUAAUAUAUUUUUCCUUUUUGUGUUGCUGAGAAUGUGAUCCAUAAUGGGUUGUUAGUAUUACUAUUUAACUGAGUUGCAUGGCUUUAUGUUGGUGGUUUCAAAAAAAAGUACAAGCUAACUUGAUAUUUGUAAACUGUAAGUAUGAAACUAUUUAUAGAGUUUUAGUUGUGAUCAAGUAAUGAUGUUUGUAGCAGCUAAGAUGAUCUUUUAAUAGUGGUGUACCAAUGGUAAUGUUCGAAAUGCUUUUUUUUUUGUUAAGGUAUUGGAAAUUUUGCAGAUGCAAAAUGAUGGAUAUAAUACAUAUAUGUAUGAAAGUGUGUAGGAAUUGAAAAAUUAUGAUUUUGUGACUUUUUAAAUUAUAUGAAUCAUUUUCUAAUUUUUGUUAAUAAUUUUAAUGCUUUGAGUUAUUCUUGAGAUUAUGAUUGCCAUUUUUAGAGGAAUCAAUUUGUAAUUUAUUGCCAUUAACAAGCUCUGGUGCUUGGGGUUUAUGUAAAGGAUAUGUUAUAUGUGACAGGGUAUCUUCAGAUGAAAAUUUAUCCACAACAGUAAAAAAAAGUAAGAAAAAAGAAA